AUGCUUCGCGGCCAAACAUUACCAUGGAGGACUGCGCUCCGGGCCAACUCACGCCACAUCUGUAGAGACUGCAGGCGACAGCUUCUACAGAGGAAUUCCUUUACGACCCCCGCGACUUCUCUGAUUCCCUCUAAUCGUCUGCCUAUCGCUGUCCGUCAGGGAUUACAAAUACGCCAAUUCACUUCUCAUCCUGCCCGCAGGAAAGACAAACCUCCAGAAGAUGAUUCGCCGCCCAAGAAAGAAGAAGCAGAUGCAAAGGCAAAGAAAUUAGAAAACGAGCUGGACGAAGCACCGCGGACGGAAGAUGCUGCUGAAUCCAAGAAACCCCCCACUGAGCCGCAGCCAAUCCCCCAAUCUGCAAGCGAUGGCCGACCGGCGGCUGCAGGAGCUAGCGGCAGUGACACAAGCUCAGGGACCGGAGCAAACGCCGGUGCUGGAGGCGACGGUAGCAGGCGCGGGAGGCGGAGCACACAGAUAUCUAAGCCCACCAUUCCAGAGACCUAUCCGCAGGUCAUGGCCAUCCCAAUCGCGAAACGGCCUCUUUUCCCAGGCUUCUACAAGGCGAUCACUAUCCGAGAUCCCAAUGUUGUUGCGGCGAUAACAGAGAUGAUGAAGAGGGGACAACCGUAUGUGGGAGCGUUUCUCUUCAAGGAUGACGCUGCCGACAAGGACAUUAUUGAGAAGAUGGAUGACGUUCAUGACGUCGGUGUCUUUGCCCAAAUCACGAGCGCCUUUCCCGUCCACGGUGAUGAACACAGCCUGACUGCCGUUUUAUACCCACAUCGGAGAAUCCGAAUGACCGCCUUGAUGCCCCCAUCAACGACAGGAGAGGGGGUUUCGGUGGUUGAAGUGCAACCUGCCAAAGAAACAAAACCGAAAUCCGACGGCACAGACAACAAGGGUGAUGUUGUUGCAAGCUUUGAGGAACCGAACAAAGAGCAACCCGCCCAACUAAGUGUCUACGAACCUACUGCCUUUCUGCGCAAAUUCCCUGUUUCAUUGGUCAAUGUGGAAAAUCUGACAGAAAUACCUUUUGACAAGAAGAGCGGUGAAAUCAAGGCUCUGACAUCGGAGAUUGUUAGCGUGUUCAAGGAAGUCGCCAGCCUGAACCAACUAUUUCGAGAUCAGAUCUCUGACUUUAGUGUGUCACAAUCCGCUGGAAAUGUCCUUGAAGAGCCAGCCAAGCUAGCUGACUUUGCAGCGGCGGUUUCGGCCGGUGAGAUCGGGGAAUUGCAGGACGUCCUCCAGACAAUGGACGUUGCUCAAAGGCUUCACAAGGCCCUAGUCGUGCUCAAGAAGGAGCUGAUGAACGCACAGCUGCAAUCCAAGAUUUCAAAAGACGUGGAGAGUAAGAUUCAAAAACGUCAGCGAGAGUAUUGGCUUAUGGAACAGAUGAAGGGUAUUCGGAGGGAGCUCGGGAUUGAAUCCGACGGCAAGGACAAACUAGUGGAAAAGUUCCGGGAAAAGGCUCAAAAGCUGGCCAUGCCUGAAGCUGUGAAAAAGGUCUUCGAGGAAGAGCUCAACAAACUUGCACAUCUGGAGCCUGCGGCAUCCGAAUUCAAUGUCACAAGAAACUACCUGGAUUGGAUUACCCAGGUUCCGUGGGGCCAGAGGAGCGCUGAGAACUUCGGCAUCAAAAAUGCUAUGACCGUCCUGGACGAGGACCAUUAUGGCUUGAAAGAUGUCAAGGACCGAAUUCUCGAAUUUAUUGCGGUCGGAAAGCUCCGUGGGACAGUGGAAGGGAAGAUUCUAUGCUUUGUUGGCCCUCCCGGUGUGGGAAAGACAUCUAUCGGCAAAUCGAUUGCGCGGGCGCUGAACCGGCAGUACUAUCGCUUCAGUGUGGGUGGACUGACUGAUGUCGCCGAAAUCAAAGGCCACCGCAGGACAUACGUGGGCGCGUUGCCGGGAAGGAUAAUCCAAGCGCUCAAGAAAUGCCAGACCGAGAACCCCCUGAUUCUCAUCGACGAAGUGGACAAAAUUGGUCGCGGUCACCAGGGAGAUCCGGCAUCAGCGCUCCUCGAGCUUCUCGAUCCGGAACAAAACUCCAGUUUCUUGGAUCAUUACAUGGAUAUCCCGGUCGAUCUCUCCAAAGUUCUUUUCGUUUGUACCGCCAACAUGACCGACACCAUCCCUCGGCCCCUUCUGGACCGAAUGGAACUAAUUGAACUCAGCGGGUACGUCGCGGACGAGAAGAAAGCCAUCGCAGAUCGAUAUCUUGCUCCACAAGCUAAAGAACUUUCUGGAUUAAAGGAUGUAGAUGUCAAGUUGGAUGAGUCCGCCAUUGAAGAGCUGAUUAACAAGUAUUGCCGAGAAUCCGGGGUGCGUAACCUCAAAAAGCAGAUUGAAAAGGUCUACCGCAAGUCGGCACUGAAGAUUGUUCAAGACCUUGGGGAAGAAGCUUUCCCCGAAGCAGAGGCUCUCACGGAAGAGGGCAAAGCUGCGCUUGAAGAGAGCAAGAAGGACGAGUCUGACGUCAAAGACACACCGGAAACGAUCGAGCAAGAAACAACCGAAAAGCCUCGCGUUGCUCUUCAGGUUCCAGAUUCCGUCCAUGUUACGAUUUCGAAGGACAACUUGAAAGACUACGUGGGCCCUCCUAUCUUCACUGCUGACCGUCUCUACGAAACUACGCCACCAGGUGUAGCAAUGGGUCUAGCCUGGACAAGUAUGGGCGGCGCGGCAUUAUACGUCGAAUCUAUCCUGGAGUCUGCUCUUUCUUCAUCCAGUCGACCUGGUCUCGAGCGCACGGGCAAUCUCAAACCAGUCAUGAAAGAGUCGACGUCGAUUGCAUACUCUUUUGCCAAGCACGUCAUGGCCACAAGAUUCCCUGACAAUAAAUUCUUCGACCACGCAAAGAUACACCUGCAUUGUCCAGAGGGCGCGGUCCAGAAAGAUGGUCCUUCUGCGGGUAUCACGAUGGCAACUUCUCUUCUGAGUCUAGCGAUGGACAAAGAAGUCGAUCCCGCGUUGGCAAUGACAGGCGAGCUGACCGUUACUGGCAAAGUUCUGAGGAUAGGCGGACUGAGAGAGAAGACGGUCGCUGCCAGGCGGGCCGGGUGUACAAAGAUCCUGUUUCCGAAGGAUAACUGGGGGGAUUGGUGUGAAUUGCCAGAGAAUAUCAAAGAAGGAAUUGAUGGUCACGCGGUUGAUUGGUAUGAUGAGGUGUUCGACAUUGUCUUUCCCAAUGUCCAUGCGGAGGAGAUCAACUCUCGAUGGAAAGAAGCUUUAGAGCGAAAAGAAAAAGACGACAAGGGAAAGGACAAAGAUGGUAAGAACGACGAUGAUGACUGA